AUGGGGCGCCUCACCUUCAGCGGUCUCCUCAACUCUUUAGACGGAGUGGCUUCAUCUGAGGCUCGCAUCCUCUUCAUGACCACCAACUACAUCGAGCGCCUGGACCCGGCGCUGGUGCGACCUGGCCGUGUGGACUUGAAGCAGUACAUCGGUCCCUGCUCGCACUGGCAGCUGGCCCAGAUGUUUGGACGCUUCUACCCAGAGGCCUCUCUCUCUGACGGGGACCGCUUCGCUCGGGACGCCCUGAGUCUGCACCAGGAGAUCAGUGCGGCUCAGGUCCAGGGCCACCUGCUGCUGCACAAGACCGACCCACAGGGGGCGAUAGAGAACGUCAGCACCAUCAGAGACUGA